AUGCCAAACAUUGUCGAUGAAGAUGUUGAGGUUGUCAUCAAGAAGGUGAAGGCUCUUUAUGUCAAGAACAUACCUGAGAGCACAUCUCCUGAACAGCUGAAAGAACUAUUCCUGCAUCAUGGGGAAGUCACAAAAGUUGUCAGGCCGCCAGCCAAAAGUGGUGGCAAGCGUGACUUUGGAUUCAUCCAUUUUGCAGAAAGGUCAAGUGCAUUGAAGGCUGUCAAAGAUACAGAGAAGUAUGAAAUUGAUGGUCAGGUAUUGGAAGUAGUUCUUGCAAAGCCUCAAACUGAUAAGAAGAUUGAUGGGGCUAAUCCCCCCAAUUCUGGGCCACAUCCAAAUUACAUUCCUCACUCUGUGUAUGGUGCUUUUCCUGGAAAUGCUUAUGGUCAUGUAGGGACUGGAUAUGGUGUUGCCGCUGGAUUUCAGCAGCCUGUUAUAUAUGGAAGGGGACCAAUGCCAACAGGGAUGCAAAUGGUACCGAUGGUUCUACCAGAUGGUCGAAUUGGUUAUGUUCUUCAGCAGCCUGGAGUUCAAAUGCCGCUGCUGCGUCCUCGGAGAAAUGAUCGAAGCAAUGGCACAGGUGGACCACAAGUACGAGGAGGGACUAGUAGUGGCAGUGAUGAUGCGAACCGCAGCAGACGAUAUCGACCCUACUAG